AUGUGCUCACGUUGGGGUCCUAGCAGUGGGCGGGGCCGCAAGGAGGAGCAGGACCCCCGCCCACCUGGCUCUGCUCAGGGUGGGGGCGGUGCUCUGGCGUCCCGCCCCCUUCCCUCCCUCUACGGGCCUUGGCCCGCCCCCGCCCCCGCCCAGUCUGUCCCGGAGCAAGCCUGCCGCGGCCACAACGCGCUCUCUACCACUCGCCUUCUCAACCAACUUCAGAGCCGCAGGCCGGGCCAUGGGGGUGCCCCCGGGGCGGAUCACGUAACCACUGCACCCCGAGAACCAACGCAUCCCUUCCUGCGUCCGGGCAAUGGUCGGCCGCGGAGCCUCCUUGUGUGCGGUGCAGCCCGCGGUACGCAGGACCGGGCAAGGAACGGGCGGCAGGGACCGGCGAGCACGGGGUUCAGAGCUCAAGACAACAAGGAUGCUCGAGGGGGUGUGCGGCGCCCUCUAGGGGUAGCUGAAUGUGGCCCCUCUCGAGAGCCCCAGCCGCUUGAGGUAUCUCCGCGCAAGAGGUUGCCCGCCGGGCUCGACCAAGACCCAUGCAGCAGCCGCCCCGCUCCGGAGGGCGCCGGGGCCAGCGCAGAGCAGGGCCACUCGGCUGGUGGGGGCGGUUGGUGCCGCCACUGCCACACGAAGCUCGUGGAGCUCAAACGCCAGGCUUGGAAGUUGGUCAGCGGGCCCGGGACUCCCCUCCGGGAUCCUUGCCUCUCUACCCUGCUUCUUGACAAGCUCCCGGCUUCUGGGGUUCAGCCAGCGUGCCGCCCUGACGCCGAGAACCGCUGUGACGUUUGCACCACGCACCUCCACCAGCUCACUCGGGAAGCCCUGCGCCUGUUACAGACUCCCGCCAGCCACGAGGACCCUGAUGCUUCCCGAGGAGGCCUUGUGGCUCCCAGCCCUAGGGACCCACCUGGACCAGUGGGCCUCACAGGGAGGCAGCCCCCUGUGGGACCUGACAGGAGGAAGGCAGCAGCUUGGCCGUCCGGCCCCAGCGUCCAGGUGUCCGUGGCACCAGCGGGCCUCGGGGGAGCACUGAGCACAGUUACCAUCCAGGCCCAGCAGUGCCUUGAGGGCGUGUGGAGCCUCUCAAGGGUCAACAGCUUCUUGCCGCCCACCUGCCUGGCUGAGGCCGCUGUCGCUGCUGUUGCCGUGGCCGACACAGUCCGAGACUGCCCUCCAGCUGCAGGCCCUGAUGGUAUGUCUAAGGCUUGGGGCCGAGGGGCAGCAUGCACUACAGCCCUGGUUACUGCAGCCCCAGGCUCCUCAGCAGGGGGUUCCACAGGCCCAUCGGCUGCAGCCUCUUUCUUUAUAAGGGCUGCCCAGAAGCUCAGCCUGGCCUCCAAGCGCAAGAAGCACCACCCACCACCUGCGCCCACCACUCGGGGCACGUCCACCUACCCCACGGACUUCAGUGGCACUCUGCAGCUGUGGCCUCCCCCAGUGCCCCCCUGCCUGCUCAGGGCUGCCUCCAAGGCCAAGGAAAACCCCAGCAACUUUGGAAAGGUAAAGGUUAUGCUACGCAUCUGGCCGGCACAAGGAGUCCAACGCUCCGCCGAGUCCACGUCCUACCUGAAGGUGGACCCUCGGAAGAAGCAGGUGACUCUUUAUGACCCCGCUGCUGGGCCCCCAGGCUGUGCAGGCCUCCGCCACGCCCCCACGGCACCAGUCCCCAAGAUGUUUGCUUUUGACGCCAUCUUCCCCCAGGACUCGGAGCAGGCUGAGGUCUGCUCAGGAACCGUGGCCGACGUGCUCCAGUCUGUGGUUGGUGGAGCUGACGGCUGCAUUUUCUCCUUCGGCCACAUGAGCCUUGGCAAGUCGUAUACCAUGAUUGGGAAGGACAGCUCACCCCAGAGCCUGGGCAUCGUGCCCUGUGCUAUCUCCUGGCUCUUCAGGCUCAUUGAUGAGCGCAGGGAAAGGAUGGGCACACGCUUCUCCAUCCGUGUGUCUGCUGUGGAAGUGUGCGGCCAUGACCAGAGUCUCCGGGACCUGCUUGCUGAGGUGGCUUCGGGCAGCCUUCAGGACACCCAGUCUCCAGGCGUGUGCCUGCGAGAGGACCCUGUGUCGGGGGCACAGCUCCAGAACCAGAAUGAGCUGCGGGCACCCACAGCAGAGAAGGCAGCCUUCUAUCUGGAUGCGGCCUUGGCGGCCCGCAGCACGAGUCACGCUGGCUGUGGGGAAGACACCCGACGCAGCUCUCACAUGCUCUUCACCCUGCAUGUGUACCAGUAUCGUGUGGAGAAGUGUGGCCAAGGAGGAAUGUCUGGAGGUCGCAGCCGCCUGCACCUCAUCGACCUGGGCAGCUGUGAGGCAGCACUCAGCAGAGGCGGAGAGGCUUCUGGAGGACCCCUGGGUCUGUCUCUGUCAGCUCUGGGCAGUGUCAUCCUGGCCCUAGUCAACGGGGCCAAGCAUGUGCCCUACAGGGACCACAGGCUCACCAUGCUGCUGCGGGAGUCCCUGGCUACUACCAACUGCCGCACCACCAUGAUAGCACACAUCUCAGACUCACCGGCCCACCACGUGGAGACACUCAGCACUGUGCAGCUGGCUGCCCGCAUCCACCGCCUGCGCAGGAAGAAGGGCAAGUACGCAUCCAGCUCCUCAGGAGGGGAGAGUUCCUGUGAGGAGAGCCGGGCCCGCCGUCCCCCACACCUGCGGCCCUUCCACCCACGCACCAUGGUCCUGGACCCUGACCGCUCGGCUCCUGGCCUGUCCGGCGACCCUGACUACUCAUCCAGCAGCGAGCAGUCCUGUGACACAGUCAUCUAUGUCGGUCCUGGCGGGGCAGCACUGUCAGACCGUGAGCUGACUGACAAUGAGGGCCCACCUGACUUCGUGCCCAUCAUCCCUGCACUGAGCCGCCGCAGGCCCUCCGAGGGACCCCGGGACGCCGACCACUUCCGCUGCAGUACAUUUGCAGAGCUGCAGGAGCGCCUAGAGUGCAUAGAUGGCAGUGAGGGAUUCCCUGGUCCCCAGGGCGGCUCUGACGGAGCCCAAGCCAGCCCCGCCAGAGGAGGCAGGAAACCCUCACUACCCGAGGCCACAUCCCCCAGGAAGGCUGUGGGCCCUCCUGUGGUUACCAGCUCCCCUCGAGGCAGCCCUGGGCAAGAUACUCACCGGAGCACCUCAGAGCCCUCUAAGACUGGUACGCAGGGUGAUCAGAGAGUAGAUGGUACCCGGUCUGAGCCGCCUGCCCCAGACAAGACUGCAGGAGGUGGCGGCAGGAGGCCGCUGCCCAGUCCAGCCCCUCCACCACCUCGGCAACCGGAAGCUCGAGGUGUCCCCACAGAACCUGGGGGAGAGGGCCCUGACAGUGUGUUGCGGACAGCCCCCGUGGGCAUGAGUGGGCAGAUGGCCUUGUCCCCACUGCUCUCGGACACGUCUGCUCGUGGACGCCAUCUGGAGCGGGGCCUGCUGACCACCACCGUCACCCUACAGCAGCCAGUGGAGCUGAAUGGCGAGGACGAGCUGGUGUUCACAGUGGUAGAGGAACUACCUCUGGGGGGACUUGCAGGGGCCACACGACCCUCCAGUCUGGCCAGUUUGGGCAGUGACUGUUCCCUGCAGGCCUUGGCCUCGGGCUCGAGGCCGGUCAGCAUCAUCAGCAGUAUCAAUGACGAGUUUGAUGCCUAUACCUCACAAGUGUCUGAGGGCCCAGGAGACCCCGGGGAGCUCAUAGAGGGAACGGCGUGGCCUGGUGGUAGUCCAGCCUCAUCCAUUGGCUCCUGGCUGAGCGACGUUGGCGUCUGCUUGGCUGAAAGCCGUGGUCCCACACCACAGCCUCCCUUCAGCCCUGACUCGGCAGCAGGACCCGGUCCGCCAGAGUUCCCUACCCCGAGCAGCUCCCUAGAGGACAGCAAGUUCAGGUCCUCGGAGUGUGGAAGACCGGACAAUCCUGGCUCAGCCCGGGGCCUCCACCCAGCGGAGGCAGUCACAGCAGCUCAGACCCGACCCAGCAGAGAGCCUUGGGCUGGGUCUCCGCAUGAGGCAGCCUCAGCCCAGACCAUCCACUCCAGUCUCCCCCGGAAACCCAGGACUACCUCAAACAGCAGCCGUGCUCGUCCCGGCCGGGGUCCGUACAGUCCCGGAGGCCUGUUUGAGGACCCUUGGCUACUCCGGGCAGAGGACUGUGACACACACCAGAUGACCUCCGCUGGCGGGGUUCCAAGCCCAACCCCAGGCUCCCCUCGACUACCUGAGGCUCAGAUAAUGCUGACUUGUGCCCAGAGAGUGGUGGACGGGUGUGAGGUGACAACCAGAGGGUCCCGGAGACCGGAAGCUGUAGCUCGGAUCCCACCUUUGCGGAGGGGAGCCACCACACUGGGAGUGACCACACCUGCUGCAUCCUGUGGGGACGCCCCAGCAGAGGCAGUCGUCCAUUCAGGAAGCCUAAAGACCACCUCCAGCAGUAAGAAGAGCGUGUCUCCCAAGGGGGCCUUCUUUCCAAGGCCUAGUGGGGCCGGCCCCCCAGCUCCACCUGUGCGCAAGUCUAGCCUGGAGCAGAACACGACCCUCACCCCUACCCAGGCCCUGGGGCUGACCCGGGCGGGGGCUACUUCUGCCUUCCGUGGGGAAGACGAGGCCAGGCCCAGUGGCAGGUCUGAUUACUCUGUUUCCAAGGCCACAUCCAGCCUGAAAGCCCGAGCUGGCAAGAUGGAGGCGGCACACCGCCCCGCUGGCCACAUGUCCCUGGAGCGGUACGAGAGCCCUACACAUGGUAGUGGCAAGGUCAGGGAAGUCCCAGGACGGCCACCGAGGGCUGUGCCCAGGUUGGGUGUACCACCCACCAGCCCCCCACUUGGAGCAGCUCCUGCCUGUAGGAGCAGCCCAGCUAAGGGUGUUGGAGCAUCCAAGCCUCCAGCUGGUGGGGCCAAGGGUCGUAAUCUAGGGGCUAGUACGUCUCGGGCACUGGGCGCUCCAGUGAAGCCGCUGGCCCCCGUGGCAGGCAAGACAACUAGUGGCCCUGUGCCAGGACCCCGGAUGGCUCCACGGGCUGCACCUGGUAUUGGGGCCAAGGCAGGCAGGGGCACCAUCAUGGGCACUAAGCAGGCAUUCCGGGCUGCCCAUAGCCGUGUCCAUGAGCUGGCAGCCGGUGGAUCUUCUGGUCGAGGCGGCCUCUCCUGGGGCUCAACCGACUCGGACAGCGGCAAUGACAGCGGUGUGAACCUGGCCGAGGAGCGGCACCCUGUGAGCCCCGCCCUGCCCUCCCCCUACAGCAAAGUGACCGCACCAAGGAGGCCCCAGCGCUACAGCAGCGGCCACGGCAGCGACAACAGCAGUGUGUUGAGUGGGGAGCUCCCCCCGGCCAUGGGCCGCACCGCGCUCUUCUACCACAGCGGUGGCAGCAGCGGCUAUGAGAGCAUGAUCCGCGACAGCGAGGCCACCGGCAGCGCCUCCUCGGCCCCUGACUCCAUGAGUGAAAGCGGAACUGCCUCCCCGGGUGCCCGCUCCCGCAGCCUCAAGUCCCCAAAGAAAAGGGCCACAGGUCUACAGCGACGGAGGCUGAUCCCGGCCCCACUACCCGACGCUGCUGCCUUAGGCCGCAAGCCCAGCCUUCCUGGGCAAUGGGUGGACUUGCCCCCACCCCUGGCUGGCUCUCUGAAGGAGCCUUUUGAGAUCAAGGUGUAUGAGAUAGAUGACGUGGAGCGCCUGCAGCGGCACCGUCUGCCUCUGAGGGAGGAGGAAGCCAAGCCCUCUCAGGAUGUGGAGAAGGGCCCAGUCUGCAUCAGCUCCAAGCUGCGGCUAGCAGAGCGCAGGCAGCAGCGGCUGCAGGAAGUGCAGGCCAAACGUGACCACCUCUGUGAGGAGCUGGCUGAGACCCAGGGCCGGCUGAUGGUGGAGCCUGGGCGCUGGCUGGAGCAGUUCGAGGUGGACCCAGAGCUGGAGCCGGAAUCAGCUGAGUACCUGGCGGCCCUGGAGCAAGCCACAGCUGCCCUGGAGCAGUGCGUUAACCUGUGCAAGGCCCACGUCAUGAUGGUCACCUGCUUUGACAUUGGUGUGGCUGCCACCGCUGCUGUACCUGGGCCGCAGGAGGUGGAUGUUUGAGGCUGAGCACAGGUCAUAGGUGGGGGCCUGCAGGGCAGGGGUGCAAGGAUAGGAUGUGGGAUGGCAUGAGGAUGUGGAGGGGGUUGGAGGGUCGAAGACACAGGGUCUGUGCAGGAUGUGGGGGUCUCAGAGAGGAGACAGAGAGUGGGGGAGGGGAGGGCCAGCCACUGGACAGAGAGAGCACGGGGAUGGAAAGACUGUCAUCACCCAGACAGCCACGCAAGUGCCUUUAACCUUGAGUAGGCCUUUUCUUCUUUUCUAAUUUGGUGCUACGGACUCGAGACAGGACCCAGACACCAGCAGACAGUCUCAGCCUGGGGGGCUGCGGCCACUCAGACCAAGCUAAAGCCAGUUUGUUUCUGAUUUUUGCCUUCCUUACCGCUAAGCAGUUUUGUGUAGCAGGGCGGCCUUGUUUGGGCCAGCUCUCCUCUAGGAUCGGGUUCAUUCUCUUCUCCAGCAGCUUGCCCUCGGCAGCCCACAGGAGUGGUCUCUGCCAGUCCACAGCAGUGGUGUCCCCUGAGUGCGGACAGCCAGCCUGAGUCCCCUCCUUUCCUUGAGGGCCCCAUUCUAUUCUGAGGACACCAGAGGCCACAAGCAAGGGCUGGGCCAUGAGCACACAAUGCUUUCUUCCACGGCAGGAAUUCUUACCAAAACCACAAGCAAAAAAACAAAAACACAAUGAAGCAAACCGCCGCCAACAAAGGCGGGGUGUGAGUUUUUGUAAAAGUUCUGUUAGCUUCAUAUUUUUGUAUCAUUUUGCCUAAAAACAGAAUUUGCAGUGGGAAUUUGAAGACAAAUUGUCUAAGUUUUUAUGGUUUUCUACAGGUAUUCCUAGGUCGGGGCUCUUGGCAGCUGUGGGGGCAGGCUUUUUCUGGGGUACACUGAGGGCAGUGUUGGGGGGGUCUGUGGGAGGUGAUUCUUUUCAGAUGCAGAUAAGGGGGUGAGCCUGCCAGCCUGUGAUGUGGCCCGCACGCAGGUUCGUGCUUCCUGACCGUUGUGUAUUUUAUAGGCGUCCAGACCUUUGUACAAAUGUGUAGAUAACAU